UUUCCGUGAAGGGUUGCUUCCAAGUUCCAACUAGCCAACCACAAACGGCUCUGUUCCUUUUAGCUCUUUCUUCUUCAACCUAGCAUCAUUGCUACUAUGAACUUUCACUCUCAUAUUGUUUUUCCAGCCAAGAAUUUCGUUGGAGCUGAGGAACCUUCAACCUAGACUAAACUGUUCUUCCAUCUGGUUAAUUCACGACAUGCUUUUCGUUUCAACUGUUUUUCCUUUUUGAGGUCCGCUUCGGUGAAAAGGGGUAACCGGUUCUUUCUGAUAUGAAACUCUUAAACGUUUUUCUUUUCCCAAUUUUAUUGGUUCAAAAGAAGUAAAAUUGUUGUAUGAUUAGGAGCCAUAAAUAAGUUGAAUCUGCGUUUUGACCUGAGGCAGAUCGAAUAUGUCUACUUCUUGGCACAAAUACGAACUGGUAGACGGCUCAGAUGACCCUGAAGACAUCCCAUUAGUCGCAGUCAAUGAGAAGCCCGUUUGUAGGAUAUGCAAGUGUCACCCUUCAGUCCUUGAUGAACUUGGAGAAAAGGGAAAGCUCCAAGUGUCGCACCCCAGAUUUGGCCCAUUUUACCGUGAAGACGAAUCCGAGGUCAGUGGAAAGAAGGAAGCGUGGGAUAAAGUACUGGAAAAAUCUGGAGGCGGGAACAGAAACAGAACCAUAGAAAAUUACUUGUUUGCAACGAGAAGGGUAGAGAAAAGAGCCAGAGCUAGUUAUGCUGAUGCUGGGGGAGUCGUGCGUAACUUGACAGAGUCUCAGUUCCGGUGGAUGAUGAUUGAAGAUGGUUGCUUCUUCCUCCAGUUGGCAUUAUUCAUCCUCGGAGCUUCUUCCGAGCAACUGGGUUAUCCCGGCAAUCACAUUAUCUUUGGCAACAAAAAGAAGAAAGAGGAUGUCAACAGGUGGAUUGAGGCGAUGUUCUUUGUUGGGAAUCAAAUUCCACUUGUGGUGCUCAAUGAAUUUAUGAAGCAAAGUUUUUUCCAGGAUAUACUAAAAGUAGUAAACUGGGAAACCCCAUCACAACUGCCCAAGAGGAUCUUGUAUGAGUUGCUUGUUCUGCCUGCUCGAGAACAUGUUACCAAUCAAACUGUUGCAUCACCAAAGCCACGGGGUGAAGAGCGGCAGCCUACUGACUUGCUUCAUGCGCUCCACUCAUUCAUGCUUGAUCCAGCACGAAGUUUAAGCAAUGUCAACCUCGUUGAAGCUGACACAGGGGAUGUUGAUUUGGGGGACAUCGGGGGAGUCCAUGGGACCAAGGACUUGACUCUUAGCGCCUCCGAGUUGAAUAAGAAGGGAAUCCGUUUUAGGAAAGUGAAAGAGAACUAGUUUUCAAAAGCCUGAAGCAUUACGAGGAGAGUCAACAACAGGGCAAGAGCAAACGCGAGG